CCAACUACCAAUACAACUGGCACAUGUGACUUCGUCACCACACGAGAAUCACUAUAGAUCCAUGAAUAACUAUAGCGCGCAGCCCCCCAUACAGCCACAGAUACACACACCCGAGACCUAGAGAGAUCUAGAGACAGGAAGAAAAAUAGAGGCCAAGAGAGAUAGAGAUCAAGAUUUUAGAUCAUGGAGAGUCUACCGAUGGUGUGCUAUUCGGCAGAGACAAUGAACACCCUCAUCGACAAGGUCGCCAAAAUGGAGAAUUAUUCCAAUGCAACUGAAGAGUUCUCCGACCUGGCUCAAGAAUUCAAGAAGGCUGUGCUAAGUCUUAAGGAGGAUUUCUUUCACAACCUUGCCUUGCCCAAGGUGUGUAUGAAGCAAGUCAGGGAGCUCGUCUUCGAGAUUGAAGACUGGAUCGAUCAGAAGCCGGUGACCAACAUGCUGGUUCCAUCGGACAUGGAAGAUAUCAGAAAUUUCAUGACUGAGAUCAAAGAAGCGCGUGAGCGCUUCACAUGGUAUUACGAUCUUCUCAAGGUAGUGCCCACGGAGCCUGAUGUUGCUGGCGUGGCAACCAGCCAGACCAGCAACAUCAACAUCGACAUCAACUCUUGGCUGCUUGUCGAGGAGAAACCUUGCCAUGGUCUUCUCGACGGACCAAGAGACGAGCUUAUCCAGCAUCUGACUGACGGCAAGGACGAGAUGCGAAAGGUCGUAUCUAUCGUCGGAAUGGAAGGUCUUGGUAAGACUACUCUUGCCAAGCAGAUCUAUUCAAAGCUUUUACUUCGUCGGCAGUUUGAGUGCCAAGCUUUCGUCUAUGUUGGCAGAAGAACUUCCAUGACAAUGAUACUAAAGGAUAUACUCCGUCAACUGAACCCUGUCAGUAAGAAGUGGCAGCAUUGGAGGGUUGUAGAUGUGCAAGAAAUUAUCACUGAGCUCUGGGAAUACCUCUGCACAAAAAGGUACUUCAUCCUAGUCGAUGGCAUAUGGAGUACAUGGGCAUGGAAUGUUAUCAAUUGUGUGUUGCCAAAUAAUCGUGGAAGUAGGGUUUUGACAACAACUUGCAUCACGGAUGUAGGCAUGUAUUGUUCUAGCUAUCCAAAUGAUCUUGUAUACCACAUGGAGGCACUUAGCAAGGAGAAGUCCAAAAUCUUAUUUCUUAGUAAAACAUUAAAUCUUCAAGACGAAGAAAAGUGGGCUGGUUUUGAAGAACAUUCUUGUUACAUGUUGAAACUGGCUGAUGGAAUGCCAUUGGCCAUGCCAUUGGCCAUAACUGUUGCAGCCGGCUUAUUAUUAGCCAGGAAAUCCGAGGCACCGGCAGAACUGAAGAUGCUCGGGGAAUCUAUUAUUUCAUCACUGAAGCAGUAUUCACCCUGUGAAGGAAUGAACAAGAUAUUACAAAUGAGUUAUGCUGAUCUAUCUCUUCCUUUGAGGUCUUGCAUUAUGUACCUGAGUGUUUUUCCAGAAAACUAUACUAUCCAGAAAGAUCGCUUGAUACUGCUAUGGGACGCAGAAGGAAUUAUCGUAAGAAUAGAUAAAGAGUUCUCUUUGGUAACAGGGGAGAGGUACUUCAAUGAGCUUAUUAGUAGAAGACUGAUUCAGCCGGUUUUCCACCUUAGUUGUCACCAGGCAGUGGGAUGUACUGUUCAUACUUUAAUUCUUGAUUUCAUCAGAUCCUUGUCGAGAGAAGAAAAUUUUGCCAUGACAGCUGCAGAAUUGAUUUGUGUUCCAUUUCCAUGUGACACAAUUCGACGGUUCUCGCUGGACUGCCAUAAUGAAGACGAAGUUGACACCUUGUCCACAAGCAGCGUGAACCUGUCAAGGAUGCGAUCCCUCACAGUCUUCAGGGAUGCCGAAAGGAAGGUCGGUCCUCCAUAUUCUCAGCGUUUGCCUUGGGUUUAUGCGCAUGGUGAAGAGAUGCGUCCUACUAAGGCUCUAGAAGUUCCUAUCAAUAGUAUUUUGGCUUUCAAACUUCUGCGAGUGCUGGACCUAGGAGAUACAAAGAAUUUAGAAAAACAUCAUCUGGAAGGCAUUGGAGGAUUGGUUCUACUGAGAUACUUGGGGCUCGCAGGGACUAGUAUAUAUGUGCUACCAGAGGACAUUGGAAAACUGGAGCAGUUGGAGACCCUAGAUUUGAGGGGGCAUAUUGGGCUCGUAACUUUUCCAGCAUCUGCAGUUAAAUUGCGAAAGUUGAGGCAUCUACUGGUUGAAGUAGAUGCCACGAAUAUUUGGGAGAUGCCGAAAUUAGAACGAGCACCGUUCAUUAAUGUUGAGAGUAGCAGCUCACUUGGUAAUGUGGUAGAGCUGCUGAGGAAAUCUGAGCAGAUCAGGACGCUCGGCGUAUCUAUGAGAACAUCAGUUCCAACAGAAACCGACCUCGUGUCAUUUCUGGACGAGGUUGUAAAGUCCAAGGUCCAAUUCCUAGACCUUGAUUAUGGGUAUCAAGGUUCUGAAGCGAUUCCCAUACUGGUGGAUUCAUGGGAGAAGGUAACAGCUCCGCUAGAAACGAAAUUUGAGCCCCGAAGAUUUUCUCUCACCAUCUAUUACUCCAAUGGCUCGCGAAUUACACCUAACAUGGGCUCACUUGCCAGCCUCACCGAACUGGAUAUUUAUCUUUAUGAAGCAAAUGCAGAAGAUUUCAUUGUACUCGAGGGCUUGACCAAUCUGGUCCUUCUCACAUUCCUUGCAAUGGAUUGUUCCGUAAUAGGAAGGUUCAUCAUCAAGGGUGGUAUCUUUCCAUUUCUGAAGGUGUUUUCGUUCAGAGUCAAGAAUAGCUGGAUGGGGCUGCAGUUCGAAAAAGGAGCCAUGCCGCAGCUCCAAAGGCUUGGGCGUGGCUUCCAUGUAAUUAAGCGGCGGGGUCAAGCAUAUCCGGAUAUUGGCAUCGAGCACCUCACUCGCCUCACACAAGUCCAUGCCAUAACCUUUUGCGAGGAAGCUACAGUUUCAGAGGUGGAGGCCGCGGAAGCUGCCAUCAGAUAUAAAGUAUCUGAGAUCGCCACCAAACCAACAUUAGAAUUGAGCAGAGAAAAUCAAGAUGAGAUGUGGACGGUGGAACAACAGCAACCGACACUUGUCAACCAAUUAUCCGAGGAGACGAGCAUAGGACAAUUCGAAGACGAUGACCAGAUCCGGGAGCACGAAGAGCAAGUAUCUGGGAUGGACGGCAAAUCCACACAAGAGUGGAGAAUAGAACAUGAAGACCCGAUGCGGAAGGACAAAAGGAUAUACUACACUCCUUCCAAAAAACAAUUAUUUGAGAACGUCCAGAAACGCAAGUUGCGUCGGAUCAUAUCAUCUUUGUCCGAUAAGAUGAAGGACGCGGGGAGAAAAUUAAUUGGCCACCCCAAAUUGCGUCGGAUCAUAUCAUCUUUGUCCGAUAACAGCAGCAAAUUCAAAUUAGAGUCGAGCACAGAAGAGGAACACCAGAUGCGCAAGGGCAAAGGGAAGUAAUCCAUACCAUAAAAAAAAUAGUAUUCGAGAGCACCGAGGAACACAAGUUACAGAGAGCAGAGUAUCUGAAGAAAAGAUGAAGGGGCCGGGCAAGAGUUCAUCGGCUCCAUAAAAGUAUCUGAAAAGACCAAGAAACAUAAAGUAGAAUUCAGUGCGCAAUCUCAAGAUAGGAUGAAGAACAACCAAGAGCUCUAAGCUCGAUAGGAGUGACGAUGGAUGAAGAAUCAUCGCCCGUGAAAUAUCACGUGUUUAGUUGUAAUAUUGCUAGUAAUAAAGAAAGCUUUUAUUAGCAGGCUUAUAAUAUGGUACUUCCCUCUUCUAUUAAUGUAUAAGCCGAGUGUAUGUUAUUCAUUGCCAAAA